GUGUAUAUAUAAGCAAAAUAUCUACCCGAACGGCUUACAAAUUUGAGAAAUUCGUUAAAAUGACUACGAUGAUAACGACAACAAAACUUGGUUUAUAUUUUGUGUGUUACGCGAUGUGUUAUCGUUUUGUCAAUGGACAGCAAGAUUUUAAUGCAGAUCAGAGUUCGGAAACCGACGGUGGUUUAGGAAACUUUGGGACAAAUACAGGAGUAGAUAAUUCUCGAUUUCUUCAGUUUGAAGACUUCCUUAGCAAUUUGAGAACUUCUACAUCAGCACCAAGUUCGAGAACAACAACUGGUGCACAAACUUCAGACGAUUCCUUUAACGAUUUUCAACUUGGAAACUUCAAUUCUCAGUUCAGGAAUUUUGGUGGUCGACCAGAUAGUUCUAGAAGUUUUGGACAAACGUCGAGUUUUGAUUCUGGAGAACAAUUUAGAUCAGAUUCCGAUUCUGGCAUCACUAGAAACAGCGGUCAAAGAACCGAUGAAAAUACAAGAACUCGAUCGCCAACUUUUGCAGACCGGAAUGACGAUGCAAACAAUUUUGAUAACUUUGGUAGCCAAUUUUCAAACUUUAACGGGUUUUCAUCAGGAUCGCGACAAAGAGGCUCCAAUUCCGCAGUCAGAUCAACAGCUUCACCGAGAUCAGAUGAUGACUCUGGAGCAUCUAGUUUCAGUUUCUUUUCAAGAAGCUUCAAUAAUUAAUAAUCAUCAUUG